CGGCCGGCAAUUCGCGGUUGAGCCAAAGGGGAGAGGAUGUUGCUAGCACCCAGUGUGGAGGCACUGCCGUUUUCACAAUAACAUCAUCUAAAUUUGCAUCUUUGCUUACCUUUUCAGUGGAUCAUAUUGCAAACGAUUCUGGGAGUCGUGCAUCUUGGAUCGCAUCCUCUUAUUUGGCGGUUAUAUUUUGAGACUACGUCCUUUGUUGACAAUGGAAGCGGAUCGGUUUGCAGAUUUACAGGGCUCGUUUUUGCAGGAGCAGAAACAAGAAUCAUUGCUGGCCAGCUAGGCCGCGGAUGGGGGGUUUGUACCAAACAACAGGCGUGUUUGGACACAAAAUACGCCAUAUUGUAUUGCUCUUACCGUUAAAGGGUAGUUCGAAGACUCCCGUGUGUUAAAACGCGAUUGUCGCUCAGUUUUGUUUUUGCGUGGUACCUAAGAAGCUAACGAAUCCGCUCGCCCUGCAACCUUGACUGCCUGACGUCGUCGUUAGCCCAUUAGCCGGCUAACGAUAGCCAGCGUUUCUUGGGCAGUCCGUUGUUCAAAUCAUUUUAAAAUACGUAAACGGGCAUUGCUGGCGUUGUUGGACUGACACCCAUUAUCAAGUGUCCAGUGACAAUUUGGAUUGCCCAUUUAACUUGUUACGUUUGCCCUGGAUGAAUGUGGAACAAAAUGGAGACCCCGACGAUUGUGUACGAUUUGGAUACAUCUGGGGGCUUAAUGGAGCAAAUUCAGACACUUCUGGCGCCCCCAAAGUCUGAGGAGGUUGAAAAGAGAAGUCGGAAGUUGGGGAGAGACGUCCGUAGAAGCGGCAGGGCCACCAACCACGACACCUGCGAUAGUUGCAGAGAAGGAGGGGAUUUGUUGUGUUGUGAUCAUUGCCCUGCAGCGUUCCACCUCCAGUGCUGCAACCCACCCCUGAGUGAAGAGAUGCUUCCUCCAGGAGAAUGGAUGUGCCACCGCUGCAAUGUUCGAAAAAAGAAGCGAGAGCACAAGUCUGAACAAACCAACGGCCUGCUGGAAAAGUCUUCUGUUAAUAAACGUGCUUCAUCUCCAGCUAUGGAGCUGGAGCUUGGCACUGGCCCACUGCGUCUUGAUGGCCUUCCCCCAGGGGCUGGAGCAGCAGGGCCUGGUCUUCGCGUGGCCCAGGUACGCCUCUUGGACCGUAGGAGUAGCAGCAGGCCAAGCAGCCGGCCAGGCACGCCAACUUCCAAUACUUCGUCGACCCCUACCCCCUCAGAGGAGCAGAAUGAUGGAGAAGAGGAGGCGCCUGAGGAUGAUGUUCAGGGCACAGAGCUGGAGAAUACUGUAUUAUCUUCUCCAGUACCACGUCUUCUCAAGAGGCCCUUUCAGCUGCUCAUAGCAGCCGCUUUGGAGAGAAAUCCUACACAGUUCCAGCUACCUAGCGAACUUACAUGUACCACUGCAUUGCCAGGCAGCAGUAAACGAAGGAAAAAGGAGGAAUUGCUUGGCAGGCCAUUCAGGCGACCGCAAUAUGAACUAGAUCCGAAUGGUCUGGUGCCGUUACCAGUCAAAGUCUGUUUUUCAUGCAACAGAAGUUGCAGGUUGGCUCCCUUGAUACAGUGCGACUACUGUCCUCUCCUGUUCCACACGGACUGUCUAGACCCACCACUUACAGCUUUACCUGCUGGUAAAUGGAUGUGCCCAAAUCACGUUGAGCAUUUAGUGCUAAAUCAGAGAAGCCUUAGCCUGUCCAGUCGGUGUCAGCUUUUCGAUGACUUUCAAGACAGAAUGUCCCAACAUGCAGUCAAGUUGGACUUUCUUCGCAGAGUCCAUCGGCAGUUUUCACCAAACUGUCGGACCACUCAGCAGUGCAACAAAAAGACUAUCAAGGUACCAGAUGCCAUCAAGUCCCAGUACAAGAAUCCACCCUCCAUUCUACAUCCUGCAGGGGUGCGCCAAUUGGAGUUAGUUUGUAAUGGUCCCCCUGAACAUCACUCCUCAAAGCACCUCACCACAGAUGCUGAACAGCAGGAGUGGCUUCAGGAUGUCAUCGCGCUCCAGUGCAGCAUCAUGCGACACUUGUCCACCAAGCAGAAUACUUCAUCCAAGCCACCAUCCGCACAGUUGGAUUCUGACGAUAAAGAUGUGUGUAAAUUUUGUACAGUGCCAGAGGAUGUGAGGAGAAAACCUUCUUUACAAAGGACUUCUUCUCCUGGCCCGUGCUCUAAACUUUGCAGUCCAUCUGAUGACCCAGAUGGGCCCUCUCUAACACGGGACACAUUAUCACAGCAGGUUGGUUCUAAAUGCAACAUGCCACCCUGCCAGAGCUGUACUAAACAUAAUGGACCUCUACCAGAGGAGUGUCACCCUUCCAUAGCAAAUGGACCCUUAGACUGUAACAGUGAAUCCCAGUAUUGCAUACAAGAAGACCCACAGCACAGACUGAAGCCCUGCACAGACACCCUUGAAUCAGCUGCCUGUGACCUGGUGAACCACAUAGGAACAGAAACACUGAAAAAGGAGCCUGAGAGCGCUACAGAAGCUUGCAGUUCAAAACAUCACCCUGUAUCCACAAUUAUGUGCUCUCUAAGCAACAUGCAGAACCAUAGGCCCCAGGCAGAGCUCCAGAUUGAGAGUAUAAGCAACAACAUUAAGCCCUCUGACACCGUUACCAGCCAAGAGCAAUGUCCAAACAACGCUGAAUCGCCAUCAUCAAAUCCAGAAAAUCAUGUCAAGGAUGGAGUGUGGAAAGGAGCGAGGCGACCAAGUGCAGCUUGGACCAGGGUUUAUUGGAGGAACUCAAAACACAGACUUGAUAAAGAUAUCAAAGCAUGUGAAGUGAUCAACUAUACUAAAAAUAACGUGAAGUGGUCAACUACACUUGCAAAUGCGAAGGCUGGCUUGGUAUUGACGGACUCAAAUUCAGUCUCGUCUAUCACUAAUCUCUGCAUGAAAGAUUGUAUGGAUGAUAAUGGGGGGAUUGAGCUGGGCAUGCUUGAUACAGAGAUGAUUAAGUUAUUGGCAUGGCAGAGGGUCCAGCAGCUUUUCCCUGGUAAAGCCCACACCACUCUAUCUACAGAUGCCAGCGACGCUCCCAAACCCCCACCAUCACUCCCUGACUAUCAGAAAAAGUUGCAGGCCCGGGCUGUCUUCUACCCACUAACAGGAAAAGGAAAGGCUGUUACCAUGUGCUAUCGAACGUUAUACAUAGGAUCUGGUGCUGAUAUGGAUGUGUGCCUUCCAAACUAUGGUCAUUGCAACUUCAUAUCGGGAAAGCACGCCUGUAUAUUCUACGAUGAGAACACCAAGCAUUAUGAGUUGCUAAACUACAGUGAGCAUGGUACUACGGUGGACAACGUCCUUUACUCCUGUGAUUUCUCUGAGAAGACCUCGGCAUCUCCACCCAGUGGCCUAGUGGCUAAGGUCCAAGGCAUCAUUCGUCGCAGCAAGAAAUGGGCAGAUGAAGAGGAUCCCACAUCUGUGGUGGGAUUGCUCCCAGUUGGCGGAGUCAUGAGCAGCCACCCUCAAAGUGGCUUGGAGCAGUUAUGCAGCUGUAAGGCAAGCAGCUCAAGCCUGAUUGGAGGCAGUGGAGCAGGCUGGGAGGGAACAGCCAUGCUCCACCACGGUAGCUACAUAAAACUUGGUUGCCUCCAGUUUGUGUUUAGCAUCACAGAAUUUUCCAGUAAGCAGCCCAAGGAGGAAGACAGUGCCACACCUACUACCAAUUGCACCAGCAGCACUUUUAGCAUCACACACACCACAAUUCUACCACCUCCCCGUGAGGCUGUCACAGCCAGCAGCCCCUCCAGCCAGGAUGAGAUGGAAACAGCACCUUCCGACCAAGUGCUCACGGUGGAAUCCAAAUUUGUCCCGUAAAUCAAAACAGGAUAUCCCACCUUCCCUCUGUUUUCAUUUUGCACCUGCUAUGACAUACAGUAAAGGGAAAGCUGCGCAGUUGGCCGAUGGACAGGGAAUUUUUUUAGGUCAUUGUAAAUGAUUUAUACAUUUGCAUGAACUUGGGAAUAUAAUUGACAAUCUGUUCUAUUUUUUAAUGACUGACAUUCAACCUUCAGUUCAUAUUAGGCUGACAUUGAACGAAGAAUAUUACUCCAUGCUCAAUUAUUUCGCCAGUACCAGUAUAUUAUGUAUAAUGUAAUCUUACUUUGUCAGUCUGUCUGUUUAGCACAAAUGUUUAAUUUUGUUGUUUUGACUUACAUGCAUUCUUGAUUUCUUUUGCUGCCUUUGUGCCACAGGUAGCUUUAUUUGUAUGAAAAGGUACACUACUGCGCACAAAUUUGGGGUCAUCGCAAAAUGUCCAUUAAAAAAAGUACUGUUUGUGCACUAUUAUCAGAACAUAAGACUUGUGUGUGGGGGGGUCACUUGUCCUUAUUUUCAAAGCAAAAAAAAAAAAAAAUGCAUUAACAUUGACUUGAUGAGAUAUCCUGGCUAUACAUGAUUCAAAACAGCCCAGAAUUCUUGAAAGGCGGAAGAACACGCUCACCAUUGCCAUUAUGCCAUUGUCUGGUUGAGCCCAGGCCUUUUGAACGGUAGUGUACAUUUUCAUACUCUAUCUGUAAAUAUGUGUGAUUCAGUGUCUCUCAAUUGGAGAAGCAUCGCAUUUUGUGUAGAUUCACCAUGUUUGGCUUUUAAUUGUACAACCCAUGAAAUUUGUGAUACUGUGUAGACGACUAGAGAUUUUGUGAUAAACCUUGUUCAUAGUCUGUACUCUAUCAUCAAUAUGCAGCGAUUUUUAGCACUCAUUUUAACAUCUUGUGCAGCCCUGUAUAUAAGUACUCUUUUUCUGUAGCUUCUCAUCUCAUAAUUGUAAAUACAUAAAGAUUUUCUAAGUACAAGCUCA